CUUUUGGAAACCUCUCACUCUCAGAUACUGCUACAAGGAAAAAGUGAUCACCUUUUGCUUCUCGAACUAUGCUGUAAAGUUGCACAAAGAAAAAGCUUCGAUCUUUUCCCAUUUCCAUUCACUGCCUUCAUUUCUUCCGAUCUCUACCCUGCUGUAGAUCUUCGUUUCAUUUCAAGGAUUUGGCAAUGGCGAUCAUCACUGAGGAACCAGAGCCGUCGCCGCCGGCGAAAAGCCCAAAGCCUAAUGUUAACCAAUCUGAGCCCAGCUCCAGAGUAGAGAGUACUAAGAAUAGCAGCAGCCCAUUUGUUUUCUGGUUCUACUUUACUCUAGGAGUGUCCGUAAUCACUCUAUCAACCGUCUUCCUCUCUUCCUUUUCCCCAUCUUCCGACCCCAAAUCGUUUUUCCUCUCACUCUCCACACCACUCCGGCAACACUACUCCAAAGGCCGGAUUGUGAAGGCACAGCUCUCUCUGAACCAGAAGCCAGUUGAAGUUUUCGUUUAUGAGAGCGAGAAAGGUAAGAAAUUUGAUGCUGAGAAGGUAUUGAUCGUUCAUGGGCUAGGUUUGAGCUCAUUUUCCUUCAGAAAAGUUGUCGACUUUCUGGGUUCCAAGGGGAUUCAUGGGAUUGCCUUUGACUUGCCUGGAAACGGGUUCUCUGAUAAAUCGAGAGAAGUAAUGGAAGAAAGAGGGGAUGGUGCUUUUGAACGUUUGUUGGAUGUUUAUGCUUUGAUUAAAGAGAAGGGUGUGUUUUGGUCGUUUGAUAACAUGGUAGAAACUGGGCAGAUCCCUUAUGAAGCAGUUCAGUCCCAUUUCAGUGAGAAGAAGAGUGUUGUUAGACCGAUAGCGCUAGGAAGUGAGGAGAUUGGUAAGGUUUUAGGGCAAGUGAUGUUCACAAUGGGGAUAGCUCCUGUUCAUUUGGUUUUGCAUGAUUCAAGCCUGAACAUGGUUGCCAAUUGGGUUUCUGAAAAUCCAGGGUUGUUUAGGAGUGUCACUCUGGUUGAUACCGGGUCAAACUCAGCUCUGCCAUUAAGGAUCCUGGAAGUUCCCUUGGUCAGGGAAGUUGUGUUGGGGUCUAAUUUUGUAUAUAAAAAGUUGAUCAGUACAUGCUGCUCAAAAGGGAUAGGUUCUGCGGAUCUGGAAGCACACAGGAUGGUUUCGAGAGGCAAAGAUGGUUGGAGGGCUACUGUGGGCACUGAGAAGUUGCUGAAUGGUAGCUUUGACAUAGGUGAGUGGGGAAGUUCGGAGGGGAUGAGAGGGAUUCCAAUUCAGGUGGUUUGGUCAAGGAGUUGGUCGAAAGAGUGGAGUGAUGAGGGACGUCGAGUGUCUGAGGCUCUUCCUCGGGCGAAAUUCGUCGAGCAUUCUGGUGGUCGAUGGCCUCAGGAAGACACAGCCGAGGAGAUAGGCGAACGAGUAGCCACAUUUGUGUCAUCUCUACCAAAGUCAUUUAGACAAGCUGAAGAGGAGUCCAUACCAGACCACAUCCAGAAGCAGCUGGAUGAGGCAAAACAAAAUUCUCAUCAUCAUCACCACGGCCACAGCCACAGCAACGGUCACUCUGGCCAUGACCACGACCAUGACCACAAUCAUGGACAGGCCGCAGGCUACAUGGAUGCCUAUGGGCUCGGCCAGGCAUGGGGAAGCUAGAUUCUGAACACUAAGGGGCUGCUGCAACGGUGAGAGAUCGACUGUUAGCAUGAUCUUUAACCCGAAAAAUCACAAACCUCGGAUGUCAUAUAUGCCCUUUUUUUGGGUCUUGACUCUUGUUCAAUUUUGCAGUUAAUUCUCCCUAUUCUCUAUCUAGCUUAGGUCACAAUGUGACUCAGGUUAUCUGGUUUUCUUUCCCCCAACCCUAUCUGAUCAUCAAAUGAGCACUUGUAUUGUCUAUUUGGUACUUCAUGAUGAUACUAAUCUCCUUUCCUCGCCCAAAAGAAUCUAAUUCACGCAUUACUUCUGCAAAGUCAUUGAUUUAGUUCUCCUACUUGACGGGAACCAAGCUCAUGGUAUAUAGUGAGAUACAGUAACGGGAACCAAGCUCAUGGUAACAUAGUGG